GCCCACAUUUUAGCCCCUCCUACCAAGGAGAAGCCUUUACUUUUCUUUGGUCCUGGGGCUGAAAAAAGGAUCCUGACGGAAAACUAGAGGCACAAAGGAAGCGAGGAAUCUCAUGUAACUCUGGGAACUAUUUUAAAGAAGCUAGAGUGCCAGAGAAGACCUUUGAACUGUGAAGAGAUUUCCUGUAAUUGAAGCCAAAAUGUCAUUUAUAGAUCCUUAUCAGCACAUUAUAGUGGAGCACCAGUAUUCCCACAAGUUCACAGUGACGGUGUUGCGUGCCACCAAAGUGACAAAGGGGGCCAUCGGUGACAUGCUUGACACUCCAGAUCCAUAUGUGGAACUUUUCAUAUCCUCAACCCCUGACAGCAGGAAGAGAACAAGACAUUUUAAUAAUGAUGUAAAUCCUGUGUGGAAUGAGACAUUUGAAUUUAUUUUGGAUCCCAAUCAGGACAAUGUUCUGGAGAUCACGUUAAUGGAUUCCAAUUACGUCAUGGAUGAAACUCUAGGGACAGCGACAUUCCCCAUAUCAUCUAUGAAAGUGGGAGAGAAGAAAGAAGUUCCUUUUGUUUUCAACCAAGUCACUGAAAUGAUUCUGGAAAUGUCUCUUGAAGUUUGCUCUUCCCCAGACCUCCGGUUCAGUAUGGCUCUGUGUGAUCAGGAGAAAAUUUUCAGACAACAGAGAAAAGAAAACAUAAAGGAGAACAUGAAAAAACUCCUGGGCCCAAAGAACAGUGAAAGCUUGUGUUCUUCACGUGAUGUGCCUGUGGUGGCCAUACUGGGCUCUGGUGGCGGGUUCCGAGCCAUGGUGGGGUUCUCUGGGGUGAUGAAGGCACUGUACGAGUCAGGAAUUUUGGAUUGUGCUACUUACAUUGCUGGUCUUUCUGGCUCCACAUGGUACAUGUCAACCUUAUAUUCUCACCCUGAUUUUCCAGAGAAAGGGCCAGAUGAGAUAAAUGAAGAGCUAAUGAAAAAUGUUAGCCACAAUCCUCUUUUACUUCUCACACCGCAGAAAAUUAAAAGAUACGUCGAGUCUUUAUGGAAAAAGAAAAGCUCUGGACAGCCUGUCACCUUCACUGAUAUCUUUGGAAUGUUAAUAGGAGAAACUCUAAUUCACAAUAGAAUGAACACUACCUUGAGUAGUUUGAAGGAAAAAAUCAAUGCUGCGCAAUGCCCCUUACCUCUGUUCACCUGUCUCCAUGUCAAACCUGAUGUGUCAGAGCUGAUGUUUGCAGAUUGGGUUGAAUUUAGUCCAUAUGAGAUUGGCAUGGCUAAAUAUGGUACUUUCAUGGCUCCUGACUUAUUUGGAAGCAAAUUUUUUAUGGGAACAGUUGUGAAGAAAUAUGAAGAAAACCCUCUGCACUUCUUAAUGGGUGUCUGGGGCAGUGCCUUUUCUAUAUUGUUCAACAGAGUCUUGGGAGUUUCUGGCUCACAAAAUAAAGGUUGCACAAUGGAGGAAGAAUUAGAAAAUAUUACUGCAAAACAUAUUGUGAGUAAUGAUAGCUCAGACAGCGAUGAUGAAUCACAUGAACCCAAAGGCACUGAAAAUGAAGAAGCAGAAAGAGAAUAUCAAAAUGAUAAUCAAGCAAGUUGGGUCCAUCGUAUGUUAAUGGCCUUGGUGAGUGAUUCAACUUUAUUCAAUACCAGAGAAGGACGUGCUGGGAAGGUGCACAACUUCAUGUUGGGCUUGAAUCUCAAUACCUCCUACCCACUGUCUCCUUUCCGAGACUUUGCCACACAAGAAUCACUGGAUGAAGAUGAGUUGGAUGCCGCUGUGGCAGAUCCUGAUGAAUUUGAGCAGAUAUAUGAGCCUCUGGAUGUCAAAAGUAAAAAGAUUCACGUCGUGGACAGUGGCCUCACAUUUAACCUACCAUACCCUUUGAUCCUGAGACCUCAGAGAGGAGUGGACCUCAUCAUCUCCUUUGACUUUUCUGCAAGGCCAAGUGACACUAGUCCUCCAUUUAAGGAACUUCUGCUGGCAGAAAAGUGGGCUAAAAUGAACAAGCUGCCCUUCCCAAAGAUUGACCCUUACGUGUUUGAUCGAGAAGGACUGAAGGAAUGCUAUGUCUUUAAACCCAAGAAUCCUGAUGUGGAGAAAGAUUGCCCAACUAUCAUCCAUUUUGUUCUGGCCAACAUCAACUUCAGAAAUUUCAAGGCUCCAGGUGUUCCCAGAGAAACUAAAGAAGAGAAAGAAAUAGCAGAUUUUGAUAUUUUUGAUGACCCUGAUUCACCAUUUUCAACUUUUAACUUUCAAUAUCCAAAUCAAGCAUUCAAAAGGCUGCAUGAUCUGAUGCACUUCAAUACCCUGAACAACAUCGAUGUGAUACAGAAUGCCAUCAUUGAAAGCAUUGAAUAUAGAAGACAGAAUCCAUCUCGUUGUUCUGUUUCUCUCAGUAAUAUUGAGGCAAGAAGAUUCUUCAACAAGGAGUUUCUAAGCAAACCCUCUGCAUAGUUUAUGCAUAAAAAUGACAGGAAUUUCUGAGCUGAGGCUAUUUGCAAUGUCAUGACAACUGGAUUUAAAAGCACAGAACCAAUCGCAAGAGACUGACUGAUACUCAACGUUGCAGUUAUUUGGCUGCAUGAGAAUAUCCUGAUAUGUUUGUUAGGUUGACAGAUUAUGUUAAUUAUGUAAAAAUAUACUGAUCUGCAUUUUCUAUCAGUAUGAAUUUCCUAAUGCAAAUGUACGAACAUAUACUGUAUUUUCAGAUAUCCCUUACCAAGCAUCUAAUGUGUCCUUUUAUAAAAAUGUAGUUUCUUUUUAGAAUAUUUAACAGUUCAAUCUCAAUAAGUAUGACUUUGUACUGUGUGUAAAUGUUAUUCACUGACUGGAUUUAUUCAUAUUAUGAGACAACACUAUUUUUUAUUUAUGUAUGCAUAUAUACUUAUAUGAAAUAAAUUCACCUGUAUGCAAAUUAUUAUAAUAACUGACUUUUUGAUUAUCCUUUAUAAUGAUAUUGUGCUUAUAGGAUCAGUCUCCCCAAGAGGAUCACGUAGGCAAAAUUUUCUCUAUAUGCCCUGAGUAGGCAUAUUAAAGAGUCAACUGAAAGCAAACCCAAUGGCCAAAGCCAUUAAGCAGCAAAAUACAGUAGUUUUGCAUUAUUAUGGAAAAUAUAAAACUCCAUGAGUCCAUACAGAAAUAAAUACCUUCUAUGUAGAAGACAUUGUAUUAUUUAUGUAAAUACUCAGCCCUCAAAGAGGUGAUAGUCCCUUGAGAUGUGCAUAUUGUGAUUUCAUCAAAGAGAACAUAUGCUGUGGACAAGGAAGGAACUGGGCAAAUGCUACUUCUGCCACAUGAACAAAGGCAGUAUCAAUAAUGACCAGAAAAUGUACACAUGCCAGAUGAUUCAUUGUGACUUUCUCAUUUUUUUCUAAAGAAUCUUUGCUUUCAUUCCCUUCCCAUGCAUGCAUUUUUGGAGUAAUACAGCAGAAUCAGAUAGUUUCAAUUCACAAAAAUAAACACAUUAGAAGAAUAUAAUGCGUU